AUGGAUUCAAGAGCCAUGUCCGAUAUGGCGGCACACGAAGAGCACGAAGAUGGGCAAGUUCAAACAACAGAGGCACUCAUUGAACAACUCAGCAUCAGUGACGCCUCCAGCAUCAGCAACGACUCGACCAAAAUCGACUCAGCUUACAGCCCAACUACAUCCAUCAUCAGUAUGGCGUCUUCUACCAGUCAGCGCACUAAAACAUUCACCUCAUCCCCGGAUCCUGUCAUCCCCUCCAAUUCUACAGCGAACAUUUCCAUACGUGAAUACAUCUAUUUCAUCCCACACCCGCCUCCCCCCGGCACACCCAUCCCCUACACCACCGGACUCCCCCAUCGCAACCCCCUCAACCUACCCGAAAUCUGUUUCGAGCCAACCAGCACCCUCGUCCUAACAUCCCCCAACAACACCUUCGUCGACAUCCGACUCUACAAACCCAUGCACCCCUCCUCCAACGCUCCUUUGCCCAAUCGCUCCGAGCCCGGCAGACUAGAAUGGGCAUUCGCCGGGACCUCGACGUCGUCAAGCAUUGAUCUCGGCAAGCCUGAAUGGGCCGGCAAGACAAGCCACAGCACCUGGACGCACUGGCUCGACUCGCGCCACCCUGUCGGCUCACCCAACAUCCCCACGGACGAGGGAGACAUGUACACCAUCUCCCCCAGCCUGGCGCUUGAAGUCGGACACGCAUUCCAUCCUGCGCUUGGCAGGGUAAGCGGCCACGAGGAACUAUGGCGCGAUGUCCCUGUCCUGCCGACUGGGGACUUGACACCUAGUCUCUCUGCGCCUGCCUCGCUGGAAGCACCGACAUCGGCAGCGGCAACCGAGACGGAGAUGCUGGCAAAUGCACCGAGGAGGAUAGCAGUGACCUUGCGUCUCGAGGACCCGGGUCUGCCGCACGUCCGCGGCGUGGUUGUGCGCGUGGGACAGUAUUGUCAGGGGAUCUUGAUGGAGGGGAGCAAUGUUACGAUUGAGCGGUGGGAAUUUUUUGGUGCUGGUGAUGCGGAUAUGAACAUGGAGACAGAUACCCAAGGAGAAAGCCAUCUCCAUGUCAACAACGGCACCAACAAUACCAAGGAAAAUCAAGCAAAACGCGAGCAUGAUGGGGAGGCAGAGGAAGAGGAAGUAGUUGAGCAAGGGUGGAAGAGGACGGCUAGGAUUGGUGUGGGCUAUCUUCCUUGCUCUACGACGUUUAGGCCCAGAGUGCUGUGUGUGGGCGCGGUGGUGGGGGUAAGGGGUUCUGCGUGGGUGGUUGAGGAAGUUUGGGAGUGGUAG